AUGAAAAGUACUACUACUACUACUACUACUACUACUACUACUACUACUACUACUACUACUACUACUACUACUACUACUACUACUACUACUACUACUACUACUACUACUACUACUACUACUACUACUACUACUACUACUACUACUACUACUUACACUACUACUACUUACACUACUACUUACACUACUACUACUACUACUACUUACACUACUACUACUGCUACUACUACUACUACUACUACUACUACUACUACUACUUACACUACUACUACUACUACCACCACCACCACUACUACUACUACUACUACUACUGCUACUACUACUACUUACACUACUACUACUACUACUACUACUACUACUACUACUACUACUACUACUACUACUACUACUCACACUACUACUACUACUACUCACACUACUACCACUACUACUACUCACACUGCUACUACUACUACUACUUACACUACUACUACUACUUACACUACUACUACUACUUACACUACUACUACUACUAAUUAUGCUACUACUACUACUACUACUACUACUACUACUACUACUACUACUACUACUACUACUACUACUCACACUACUACCACUACUACUACUACUACUACUACUACUACUACUACUACUACUACUACUACUACUACUCACACUACUACCACUACUCACACUACUACUACUACUACUACUACUACUACUACUCACGCUACUACUGCUAACAAUAAUAACAAUAAUGAUAAUAGUCUUCAAGGAGACAUACAAUGUACUAUGCAGUCAAGUGAAACUGCUUCACUUGCUCUUUCCGACACUUCAACUAGACGUAAUAAUCAAUGA